AUGACCGAUCUCAAGGGUUGGGUUGAGCAUAUCCUUCUGAGCUGGAAGCCACAAGUAACGGCAAUGGCCUUGAUGUUGGCUUGGGCUGUCUGGAAUGAAAGGAAUAACGUGGUUUGGCAGGGUAAGCGGAGAAGCCAGGGUGAGCUGGUGGAAGGGACUAUGCGGCUACUCGAUGACUUUCAGAGGCUGCACCAACCCCCUACCAAAGUUUCAUUUGGGAUUCAUGCAAAGUGGCAAAAACCUCCUGUUGGGGUCAUCAAGAUCAACGUGAAAGGUACCUUUAGAGCCCAUAAUGGGUCUGGUGGUGGUGGCUUAGUGGCGAGGAAUGAGGAUGGAGUUUUUGUUGCUGCAAAAGCUUGUUUUUUCCCCUGGGUUUCAUCACCGGCACAUGCUGAGGCCCUUGCCUUUAGGGAGGCUUUACAAUUUGCUAGUGAUAGGAACUUUAAUCACUUGCAGAUGGAGUGUGAUGCUCUGGAGUUUGUCCAAUCGUUGAGUCGCACAACGGCGGAUACUUCCUCAAUUGGUGCUUUGAUGGUGAUUCGUAGUGCAAACCUUGAAAGACAAAAUAUGUUUUAUUUCCCUAGUGUCCCGAAAACCAUUAAUCCUGUACCUUUUCUAUGUUUUCUCAUCACCCUCCUUUGUCACCUUGCUGAUGCCUUCAACAAUGCCGCCCCUCCAUAUUGGAAAUGCUCAAAUGUUAGUUAUACAGAUAACAGUCGGUUUCACAAAAACUUCGCCGAUCUUCUCAUUUCUUUACCUUCGAAUGCUUCUGUUUCCAAGUAUUACAAUACGUCCACUGGAAAUGAUCCUGACAGAGUAUAUGGCCUCUAUAUGUGCUUUGACUAUGUCGCGAAUGAAAUGUGUCGUCGCUGCAUAAACACCGCGCAAUCAGACAUGCAGACGCUUUGUCCACACUCAAAAGAAGCGGUUGUGUGGGAGGAUUCCUGCCUAUUACGCUACUCCAAUGAGAAUUUCUUCGGCAGAUUGAAUGUAAGAGACAACAUCGCCGACGAGAAUUCACAGAAUAUUUCAGACCCGAAAAAGUUCAAGUCUGUUUUGAAUGAGACGUUGAAUCGCCUCGCUAAGCAAGCGGCUUAUAAUCUCUCUGCUGCUGAGAUGCAUGCUACUGAAGAAGUAGCCUUUGAAGAUAAACUGAUAUAUGCUUUUGUGCAGUGCACUACCGACUUAUCUAGAGAUAACUGUGAUAAAUGCCUUGUGAAAGCCAAAGAAGACGUUUUAACAUUGUAUUAUUUCUCCGUUGGUGCAAGACUUAUGAGUCGUAGUUGCUAUCUGAGGUUUGAGUUAUACGCCUUCUACACUGCCGGAGAAUCCGAAGCUUCUGUGCCUCGCUCUCCAAAUAAGAAUGGUAGCCGCAGGAAAAUAUUGUUGAUCACAAUCCUUACAACUGUGUCAGCAUGCCUGGCAAUACUACUUUUGGGUUCCUGUGUCUAUCUUGCAGUGAGAAAAAGAAAUAAAGAAGGUAGUUAUGCUUUCUUAAAACAGGUUUUUUUUUUUUUUUUUCCAGGAAGAAAUUAUCGAAAAGCUCAGGACCCUUAUAUCAGUUUGGCAGCUAUACAUGCAGCUACUUCCAACUUCUCUGAUUCAAAUAAGCUUGGAGAAGGUGGUUUUGGUCCUGUUUACAAGGGUAUACUAAAUGAUGGAAGGGAAGUGGCAAUCAAAAGGCUUUCAAGCUUGUCCGAGCAAGGUUUAGAGGAAUUCACAAAUGAAGUUCUACUGAUAAUGAAACUUCAGCACAAAAAUCUUGUCCGGCUUUGCGGUUUUUGCGUAGAUGGAGAAGAGAAGCUCCUUGCAUAUGAAUUCAUGCCAAAUAGUAGCCUAGAUGUCAUCCUCUUUGAUUCAAAGAAACGUGCACGACUUGAUUGGAGCAGGCGCAUAAGCAUUAUCAGUGGGAUUGCAAGGGGGAUUCUUUAUUUGCAUGAGGACUCUCGACUUAGAAUCAUCCAUAGAGACCUUAAAGCUAGCAAUAUAUUGUUAGACAAUGACAUGAAUCCAAAGAUCUCAGACUUUGGCAUGGCAAGGAUCUUUGUAGGAAGUGAAGGAGAAGCUAGUACUGCUACAAUAGUUGGCACUUAUGGAUAUAUGGCUCCAGAAUACGCAAUGGAGGGACUAUACUCCGUGAAGUCCGAUGUUUUUGCCUUUGGAGUACUCUUGCUUGAGAUCAUAACUGGGAGAAGGAACGCUGGCUUUCAUCUGAUAAGACGCGUUCCUAGCCUCAUAGCAUAUGCAUGGCAAUUAUGGAACGAAGGAAACGGGCUAGAGCUAAUGGAUCCGUUACUGGUUGAUUCAUGUGACGCCGAUGAAUUUUUAAGAUAUCUCCAUAUUGGAUUGUUGUGUGUUCAAGAAGAUGCGGAUGACAGGCCAACUAUGUCUUAUGUUGUUGUCAUGUUGAAAAGUGAAACAGUAGUUCUUGGCCAACCUGGAAAACCUGCUUUCUCUACAGGAAGGUUUGCUGAUCAUUAUGAGAUGAGGGCUGAUCAUAUUAGCUCAAUCAAUGAACAAUCAGUUUCUAAUGUUGUGCCACGGUAAGGGAGCUGAUCCGUGGAGCUAUGCAUGGAAAUCGUGAUGCUGGCCAAGCACCAAGUUUAAUUUGUGUAUCUGCUGUUGACUUAAAGCAUUUCAU